AUUUUCUGUGGCCCCCAGUAUUUUACUAGGCCAGGGACCGCUUUGUGUUCCCGAGAAUGCUAUGGCGGAAACAAGGAAUUGAAGCGUUUGCGCGAUGAAGGGCUGAAUGAUCCUCAUCAUGGUCGAUUGAUCUUGCUAAUCAAUGCAGAUCGAUGAAGGAUCCGUGAUGCUACUACUGUCAAGAUAUUGCGAUCCUUUUGAUGAUCUCUAGUUCUUUCAUCUUUCAUUCUUAUUCUACUCUCUGUCAUCUGGGGUUUGCCAUGACACUUUUCUUGCCUUUCCUAGCAGCUUUUGUAGCUGGAGUUGGGAGUCUUACGUUCGACUGAUGUAGUGCGCGAGAAAUGGCUAUCAUUUUUGUUUCAAGGGUACUACCGAGAAAGCAGCGAGUACUAUUUGUUUUUCGACCAAGGGAAUAAUUUCUCUCUUUUCCAUUAUUGUUCAUCGUCCUUAUGUUUUUAUUCUUUUUCCAAAAAACUCGAAUAAUUGGUGUCCAAGAAUAAACUGGAACUUUAGACUAAGAGUCGUCUUAGAUACUGUAGAUACGCGUACUUUUUUCACAAUUUUUUUUGAAAAAAGAUGUCGGGUGAAGACGAUUAUUUGACGACUGGGGGUGCUGGAUCACCAAGCAUUUUACUGGAACAACGAAGAGCACCACCAAGGCCGUCAAGUACGGAUGGAGCGAAGAAGGAAGAAUUGUACUCGUCUUAUGAUUGAGGCUGUCGUAAUCACAUGAUAGAACAACAAAAAGGUAGUAUGGAUAGUAGUUCGUAGUUGAAAAAUAACACGUCAAAACACGUUGAUCUCAGGUACCUCGAAGGUUACGGUCGGCAGUGGGGUGAAAAGAUAACAUAUAGUGUAGGCCUUUGUUAUGGUUUGGGUAUGGUGACAGGUGGUUUUUACGGCAGUCUUUUAGGUAUACGGAAAGGCGGCGCGACGCCAAAGCUCUUCGUAAACAGCGUCAUGAACGGAAUAAGUCAGAGGGGUAUAUUAGCUACUUGCUUGUUCUAGUAGUACUUUAUGUAGUGUUGAUGAACGUAAUGGUCACCGCUCCGGUGCAUCUGCUGACUUUACUCAAGUCGCCCAUCAUGAUCCUCGGGGUUGAGCUAGGAGUCCGGGGGGCUCAAUGUGAGGGAUCCCCUCCAAGAACCUAGCCAAACCAUGGCGUAGGAGCUAUCGCGUAAAAGUUGGAUGUCCAUGUAAUGGACUGGCAAUAAAGAUCGUGGACAUGUUGAUUUUUCGCAUCUCUUUAUUGAUGACGAUGAUCCUACUGCCAAGAUAAACUCAAUCAUCUCUAGAUUAUCCGCAUGUGGAACUCCAACUCAAAUCAUCUCAGUUAGUAUUUAAUUUUCAUUUUUUGCAUUUGCAUUUCUUUAUUGAAUGACGGCGAUGCUCAUCUCCGCAUCAUGAACUCAAAUUAUCUCAGGUUUGUCCAAAUAAAACAUCCUCCAGGUGCCCUUCUAGCCAACCAGGGAGCCAUUAUGACGCUCUAUUACUGUGUUUCAAGUCAGCUCCUCGGAUGGGCCAGGGGAGAAGAUGAUCAGUAUAAUGCGCCAAUCGCGGGUUCAUUCAGUGGUGCCCUUUAUAAAUCCACUGCUGGAAGCUGGGCGCAACUAGGAAGAUACUCCCUAGCUGGUGGCAUGGUCUUCACUGCCAUUGAUCAGCUUGUAAGAGCGGGGAAAAUAUAAGAGGUUGUUUAUCCUAACAUUGAAAUUGAUAUUGUAGACGAAGAUGAACAGAAGUAAACUCUUUCUACUCUUCAGCGACGCGGCUUCCAACAUCUUCCUUCGUAAUGCGCACGCUAAUGUCACAACCACUUUUGGGAUUUUUUAACAAAAACCACAGCACCAUUGUUGCUUCUUUCCCCUCUUCCUGUCCCUCGCAAUAUCGAACUCUCUUAAAUCCGUACUGGAUCUGCGUGUAGUUGAACAUGAUAAAGAGGAAAAAUCUAAUGACAACCAUAAUCUACUCCUAGGAUCCUU